CUUAUAACUUAUAAGUAGAAGUCUUGUAUCAUGUAUUUAUAAUAGUUAGUGGAUGACCCACUAAUAUUAAAUUUAUUAUAAAGGAAAAGAAACAUGUGCUUUACAACAUAAAUGUCUAUUAGUCAAAAGGGGAAGGGGAGCCAUCGCCCAUCGGAGUCAAAACGUGCGUGCUGGGAAGCUAUUCACGAUUCAGUAUCACAUAUUUAUACUCAACCUCCUUUCAUGUCUUUCUACCUGCGUAUUCGUAUCGAGAAGAGAGAGACAGACUGUCUUUAUCGCUCCAGCAGCAGCAGCAGCAGAUAUAUAUAAAUAUAUAAAUGGCGUCGGACCGGAAAACUUUCGUCUUUUCUGAGGUCUCCAAGCACGACACAGUUGAUGACUGUUGGCUAAUCAUAGCCGGAAAGGUUUAUGAUGUAACCACGUUUAUGGAUGAUCACCCUGGUGGACAAGAACCUCUGCUAGCAGUAGUCUGCAAAGAUGCGACAAAAGAUUUUGAGGUGCUUGGGCACAGUGAUGAAGCUAAAGAAAUGAUGAAAAAAUAUUGUAUAGGUGAUGUUGACCAGUCAACUGUUCCUUUGGAUCAUACAACCAAUCCAACUAUUGAUUAUAGCUACAGGGCAGAAGGGAGGGGUCUAGGAUCAUCUGGCAAAUUAUUACAAUUUUUAGUGCCUUUUGUGAUAGUUGGGUUGGCUUUCAUUAUUAAAAUCUACACCAAACAAACUUCUGCUUGAUGGGUCAAGAAUCAUAUGUUUAUUCAAUUACAGUUGGGCGUUUGCCCAACAAUUUAUAUAAGUGAUAUGUAUUUCUAAACAUUUUAUGAUUUACUUCUAGAAUGAUGUAUUUGUUUUUAAAUGGCAUGCCACCUCAAAAGAUUGUAGUUUCAAG